CCGCGGCAGAGCUGGGGCUGAGCGGGCACCACGACCUGCUCGUCAUGUCUUUCAUCCAGGUGGACAAGAACUCGCAUUUUCCUCUGCAAAAUCUCCCCUAUGGGGUUUUCUCCACCAAGGAGGAGCCUCGGCACAGGAUUGGAGUCGCGAUCGGAGAGCAGAUUUUGGAUCUCGGCGUCGUUAAGCACCUGUUCAAUGGACCAGCCCUUUCCAAAAAUCAGCAUGUCUUUGACCAGCCAACACUCAACGACUUCAUGGCCUUGGGCCGUGGAGCUUGGAAGGAAGCAAGGGCUUUUCUCCAAAAGCUGCUGUCAGCCAGUGAGCCCACCCUGCGGGAUAACACAGACCUGCGGAAAAGAGCGUUUGUGCCCCAGGCUGCAGCCACGAUGCACCUGCCAGCUCGGAUCGGAGAUUACACUGACUUCUAUUCUUCACGGCAACAUGCCACGAACAUCGGGAUCAUGUUCAGAGGGAAGGAGAAUGCCUUGAUGCCUAAUUGGCUGCACUUGCCCGUCGGUUAUCACGGCCGCGCGUCGUCCGUUGUGGUGUCGGGGACGCCCGUCAGAAGACCUGUGGGGCAGAUAAGCCCUAGCAAUGAUAGACCUCCAGUGUUUAGUGCUUGUAAACGUCUGGCUAUUGCGUUAGAAAUGGCAUUCUUUGUUGGCCCUGGCAACAAGCACGGGGAGCCCAUUCCUAUCAGCAGAGCCCACGAGCACAUCUUUGGGAUGGUCCUCAUGAACGACUGGAGUGCCCGUGACAUUCAGAAAUGGGAAUAUGUUCCACUGGGUCCGUUCCUGAGCAAGAGCUUUGGCACAACCAUCUCUCCUUGGGUUGUCACUAUGGAAGCUCUCAUGCCAUUUGUGUUGCCAAAUCCUGUCCAGGAUCCCAAGCCGCUGCCCUACCUCCGCGAUGAAGAGCCCUACACGUUUGACAUCCAGCUUUUUGUUGCCCUUAAAGGAGAAGGAAUGAGCACGCCAACUACUAUAUGCACAUCUAAUUUUAAGCACAUGUACUGGACCAUGAAGCAGCAGCUAGCUCACCAUUCAAUCAACGGAUGCAACCUCCAACCUGGAGAUCUCCUGGCAUCGGGAACUAUCAGUGGACCUGACCCCGAGAGCUUUGGAUCUCUGCUGGAGCUGUCUUGGAAUGGAACAAAAGAAAUUGAUCUUGGCAGCGGACAGUCCCGCAAAUUCCUGCAGGAUGGAGAUGAAGUUAUAUUAACAGGUUACUGCCAGGGCAGCGGCUACCGGGUGGGAUUUGGCCAGUGCUCGGGAAAAGUUCUUCCAGCCCCGUCGUUUCCGUGAUGCCGGCAAUAAGAUGACCACGGAGGAAGAAGGAUCACUCUUCCCUGUCUCUUUGUUUGGAGAAAUCCUGGUGCUUUACUCAAAUUUACCAAUUUUAUAUGACUGAUAGUAAUAUAAUUUUUAGUUAUCAAUAAAUACCUUACAGAUCAAUGCAGCACUCUGGCCUGACAUUGGUGUUUCAAUGGUGCAGCACUGAAAACCUGGUCUUAAAUUUCUCAGAAUGAGAAUAAGAUGAUUAUUGAUGAGAUGGUUGAAGAGUGAGAUUUUUUUAAAUUUCUKGAUUGUAUUUUAUCAUAAAAGUCAAAUUUUCAGUUAAAUUUUGAACUUUCAGAAUGCUGGGCUGCUGAUAACAAUGGGGAUUGAAUGCUUAUAUGGCUAUAUUUUUUAAACGCACAUUCGUAUAUAUGGGU